AUGGCCUAUUCGGCGAACAUCGACAUUUUGUGGCGCUUCUCGGAACGUCUGUGCCUAGGACGGUUCGGGGGUGUUACAAAUGGUGGUAUCAGAGCAUGGUUCAUGAUCAUGCUCGGGAACAAGGAUUUUAAAACGUUUUAUCGAGUCAAAAAGAGUCGCAAAAACUACCUUAGUAUAGAGGUUAUGGUAACAUUGUGCAAUGUGCUUGAAGUCAUGAGUGACUGGUUUGUGGAUGAUGAGGGGUCGUGGUUUAGUACUGGGCAAGAGUGGACAGCUGAGUCUGGAUCGUCGAGUUCAGAACCGUCGAGCAAUUCGGAGCACUGGAUCGUAGUGACGGACUUGGAACAGCAGACACUAACAGAUCAUGAUAGCAGCAGUGAUUGGGACGAGGACGUAUAUCUCAUGCCGAGAGACAACGUGCAGCCCAGCACAACGGUGAAUGAGUAUGGCGAACACAUGACAUGGCCAGUACAUUACCCUGAGGAGGAGAGAGUAGUGCCAUCUACCCAAAUCAUAGAGAUCAGUUCAGGCGAGACUACACCAAACUCUUGGGAUAGAGAUAGUCCACCAAGUGUUCUACCGCAUAUACCAAUGCCGCAUGUAUUUGCACCGGGAGGUGGAGUAUACCCGUACAUGCCAACGGAGGAGAAUCCAACGGACUACGUGUACCCGUUCAUUACCAGUGGCGUAGAAAGCAAUGAUCCAGCCGUUGCAGUUCAAGUCAAUAGUGAAGUCUUCACAAACCAACCUGAAGAACCGGAUACGCCGGAACCAACAUGGGAGGAUUAUCUUGGACACCAGAACGUAUCACCCACGUACUGGACAAGGAAACUCAACGAGAUCGCUGGAUACACAUCAUCAAUGGAGCAUGGAGAAGGAAGCAUACCUCAAGAUCAAGGAGAAGCUAAUGCGAUAUGGUGUACAAUGUAUGGAGAACAAGAUGCACCAAACUCGGUGGCAGGCAAUGAAUAUCAAAUACCGGAUCUUAACCAAACCACGGAGGAAGGUACCGGAGAGAAUGAAUGGCCACAAGAUGAUGAAGGUCUUAACUUAGCAAGAAGGUGGGAUGAGAUAAUCGCCACAGAAUUGGAGAAUCUCAGAACAGAGGGUAAUGGCCAAGAGCAAACUGUGUCACGCCAAAGGGGAAGGCCUCCCAGAAGACUCGCGAGGAUGAGAGUCCCAGCACCGUCUCAAGUCACGCUACCAUGCGAUCAAUGUGGAGGGACGGGACAUCAUAGCCGAGCAUGUCCCAAUGUGCGAGCUAGAUCAAGGAUGAAUGAAAGGCAGAACAUUUGCCUUACUUGUGGAGAGAAAGGACAUUUCUCAGCAGACUGUCCAAGGAACUGCCCCAGUACUAGUCAACCCACCCGCUCAACCACAAGGAGAGAGAGGCGACCAGGGAGUGGAAGCCGUAGAAUGUAA